UGAUGCUUGAAAUCCAAUUCUUGAAUGCUAUUUUUCUACUAAAAAAUUAAAAAUUAAUUAAGAAGACACCAUCUGAGACCGGUACCUUUUGUCGGCCAGCGUCGGCACAAGUAUCCGUAGUUCACGCGCCGCGCCGAAACGACGGGGUGGCAACAUCUGACGCCGGAUGGAACUGUCGGCUCCGUGGUGACCUGUGUAACCCCCGCUCCUUCCUCGAAUGACUCAACUGAAUGAACCUUGACCUCGACGAUCUCGUUUCAGCUUCGUACACACUGUUUCCACUAUUCUGGGCCCCUUCGAGCUUCGUGACUUUCUCAUUAGUCACAGCCUUCCUUCUACCCCCCUAGUUUAUCCCUGCUUACUUGGGCAUGCUGUCGUGGUCAUCAUCACGACGCAUACACACCGUUCAUUUGUCUAUCAACCACAGCUACCAAAGUGAUCGCCUGCUUCUUCUACUUGGAGUAAAUAUAGAAGGGAACUACGUUCUCACCUUUUAUUCUCGGGUUAUCAGACCAAACUAACUUACUCGGAGAACACAAAAAGGAAAACUACCAAAAAGAAACUAAGAGCGAUCGUCAACUUCGGGCCUAAGCCAAGUCCCCACGGAGCAAACUCCAUCGCCACCAAUCUACCAAUCCGCCACCCCGAACUGGAAAGACAACCCCCCCCGGUCCCAAAAUGGGCACACCGUUCAUCUCGCACCUCGAGCCCACGCGGCUGGACGGGUACGACCGCACGCGGCCUCACGACCAGCAACCGGGCCACGUGCCCAAGACCUUCGGCGACGCGAUGGAGGUGCGCGAGGCGGUCUUCGUGCGCGAGCAAGGCGUCCCGCUCACCCACGAGCACGACCCGGACGACGCGCGCUCCUGCCACUGGGUUAUGUACGCCAGCGUGAACUUCACCACCGAGCCCGAGGAGCGCGACCCGCUCUCCGGCGAAGUCACCAAGCCCCGCAAGUCCGAGACCCGCAGCCUACCCAUCGGAACCCUGCGCGUUGUGCCGUUUCCGCACCCGCCGCACCCCCAGCCCGGUGGCAGCGCGACGAAGGGUGACGGCACUGCUACUUCUUCCGGAACCGCAAGGCCUCGAGCCAGGACCAUGACGUCUGUAGACGAGGAGCGCCAAGCUUCCGCUUUGCCUUUCGGUGUGGAUCGGCCUACGACAUACCACGACGGAAAGGAGCCGUACGUCAAACUGGGCCGCAUGGCAGUGAUUCCCGAGUUUCGCGGCCACCACAUCGCGGGCCAGUUGUGGCUAGCAGCCAAGAAGUGGCUCGAGGACAACCCGACCUUCUUCAACCCUAGCGUCACGGAGCUAGGCAUGGAUCAGCUCAAGGUUGGCGUAGCUGGCGAUAUUCCCAAGUGGAACGGCCUGGUGUGCUGUCACGCUCAGGAGAGCGUGGUGAAACUCUACGAGAGGUGGGGCUUCAAAGUCGACGAGGGCAUGGGUAAAUGGUACGAGGAAGGCAUUCCGCACGUAGGAAUGUUUUUACGACUGCAUAUCAAGGAGGGAAACCCGAAAGUAUAGUGCUGCAGGCAGGCUUAAAAGGGGAUAAUCAGAAUUCCUCGAGCCUUGAUAUUAGGAGUACGAGGGUGGUCGUAUAAGUGCUACUUUAUCAGUUGGCGUUUCGUUGCUGUUUUUACAAAGAUACCAAGUCAAUUAUGACU